ACAAAGGGAGGUAAUACAUUUUUUUUAGAAAGUGAAAGUAGGAAAUCAUGGCACUUGCUGGUAAAAUUUUAGUAUAUGGUGGCAAAGGAGCCCUAGGAUCAGCUUGUGUUAGCCAUUUUAAGGCUAAAAACUAUUGGGUUGGAUCCAUUGAUUUGAUGCCAAAUGAACAGGCUGAUGCUAAUGUAAUUGUAAAACCAUGUGACUCAUGGACUCAACAGGAAGAUGAAGUUGUUAAAGCUGUUGAUGGAAUUGUGGGAAGUGAUAAGUUAGAUGCUGUUCUGUGUGUAGCAGGAGGCUGGGCAGGUGGAAAUGCUGCAGCAAAAGAAUUUAUAAAGAAUGCUGACAUGAUGUGGAAACAAAGUGUUUGGACAUCCGCUAUAUCUGCUGCUGUUGCUUCCAAAUAUUUAAAAGAUGGUGGACUACUUGUUCUUCCUGGUGCAGCACCUGCUGUUAGUGGCACUCCAGGUAUGAUGGGAUAUGGUAUGGCAAAGGCUGCAAUUCAUCAGUUGAUAAAAAGUUUAGCAGGAAAAGAUAGUGGUCUUCCAAAAGAUUCAAGUGCUCUUGCCAUUCUACCUGUAACUUUAGAUACUCCCAUGAAUAGAAAGUUUAUGUCAGAGGCAGAUUUUGGUACAUGGACCAAACUGGAAUUUGUUGCAGAAUUGUUUGACAAGUGGUUGGCACCUGGUAGUAGACCAGGCAAUGGUAGUCUGAUCAAGUUGGUAACUAAAGACAACAAAACAGAACUGGUGUCUGUGGAAUAAGAAAUGAAUAAAAAAUAGAUUGCCAAAUAACAAUAACUUGUCAUUAUAUAUGUGUUGUGUUAACUAGUCAUAUGUUUUGUCUUCUGGUUAGGGUUUUUCUGUUAAAAUUUAUUUUCUGUAUUCUAUUUUUUUGGGGGAUACUUUUAAGGAUGAUGUCUGCCAAAAUUAAAAAAAAUGUAUGUAAAAAAGUCAGUAAUCUGCUGCCGUCUUUGUAAAUGUAAAAUUAUUUGCAGAAUAAUGACAAAUAUUGGUAGCAGCACUCGUUAUUGGAAAUUAUACUCUCAACCCAAAAGUAGUUUCUUUAUUUCAAAAUAAAGACAUAAAUCUUUACUUCCUUUGAAAAACAUUUUAACUAAUUUUUGUUGAGACAAAAGGUAGACAAUCAAAGAUAUAAAACUUUAGAAAGUUUCUAUUAAACCAAAUGAGACCUUUAAGAUUAACCAAAACCAUCUGAGGUCUCUAAAUUUUAUAUUUUUUGUUGAUGAACUAAUAUUUGAAAGACAUUACAUUUCAUGCUAUGAUUGCUUUUUUCACACAAUAUCAAACCACUAUUUUGCAACAUUUGAAUAAUGAUUUGUAGAUCAAAUCGAAGGAUGAAAACAAUUGCCUUUUACAAUGCAAAUAAAAAGUUAAAAUGCAUGUUCAGUAAAUUUUAAUGACUAGUUCUUGAUGCUUGUAUACCUGUGGUAUCAUUGACAGUUUGCCUUCAUAAAUGUUUGAAAACACAUGAAUAACAGUUGAAAUGAAUAUGCAUGAUUUUUACAUUGCUUUUUUUAACAUUUUUUUGUUAGAAUGCAGAUUUUAGUGGAUUUUUUUUAAAACAUUAUAAAGUUUAAGUCAAAGUACUUUAAAUGAUGUCCAUUGUAAUAACCACUGCCAGGUUGAAUACCAAAGUUCUGAAUUUUUACACAUUUAUUGCUGUAUAAAGCUUAAAGCACAUACAUGUAACAAUUGCACUCAAUUAUAUAUAGCCAAUUAAAUUCCAUAUUUAACAAGCUUGAAGACCUAUUGGUGGCCUUUAGUUGUUAUCUGCUCUUUGGCUGGGUUGUUGUCUCUGACAUACUCUCUAUUUCCAUUCUCAGUUUUACUUAAAAGCUAUAUUAUAAAACAAAAUAUAAAGAGGUAGAAUCUUGUUUCUUUUGUUUCAUCAUAACAUGCAUGAUGCACUCAGUUUUUAGUUAGUUCCAGUAUUUAAGAUAAAUGCUUUCAUGACAAUUGUUGAUGAGAUUACUGUUUUUUAAAUUGUUUUAAGUACAAUCAUGUUUACAUUCCAUUUACAGAAUAUUUGGUUUUUGUGAAACUAUAAUAAUAAAUAUUUGUUAGAG